CCUGGCAGAGAGGGGAGGUGGUGGCGCAGGCGGGCAUGGGGGACCGGACUAGGACCAUAGACCGUAUAAAAGCCUAGGACACGACGCUCCGUGCUGGGACUGGUUCUUUUGCAGCCAUUUUCUGUCCAACCAAACGGCCGAUUGGAGAAGAUGGACGGGGAUAAUUCCACCACCGAUGCCUCGCAGUUGGGCAUAGCUGGUGAAUACAUUUCGGAAAGCAGCUACGUGCUCCAGUCUCAGGACGAUGAUGGAGAGGACGGGGACGGGAACGGAAGCAAGGAGAACUUGCGCGAGCAAGACAUCUACCUCCCCAUCGCCAACGUGGCCCGCAUCAUGAAGAACGGCGUUCCUCAGACAGGAAAGAUCGCGAAAGAUGCCAAGGAGUGCGUUCAGGAGUGCGUGAGCGAGUUCAUCAGCUUCAUCACGUCGGAGGCCAGCGAGCGCUGCCACCAGGAGAAGCGGAAGACCAUCAACGGCGAGGACAUCCUGUUCGCCAUGUCCACGCUGGGCUUUGACAUGUACGUGGAGCCGCUCAAACUCUACCUGCAGAAGUUCAGAGAGGCAAUGAAAGGAGAGAAGGGAAUCGGAGGCAUGUCAAUGGGCGAAAGCCUGGGAGACGAGCUCGCAGACGACACCUUCAAUGUUGCAGCUAACCAGCUACCUGCAGGUAUAAUAACGACGGACGGUCAACAGCAGAACGUCAUGGUGUACACAACCUCAUAUCAGCAGAUACCUGGGGUGCAGCAGAUUCAGUUCUCCUGACGUCUGACGGGACAGUGAGAAGUGGCGGUGUCUGUACUGUGGGCGCUGCGGAGUCCCGGGUGUAUAUAUGCAAUUCAUCCUUUUGGGGGCGGACCUCAGUAACUGGGUUACAUAAUGAUAAUAGGGAGUGUAAUUGGGUUGUGUGGUUAUUACUUGUAAGUGUAAGACAGUAUAAGGCAGAGGCUGUGUGUGUGUGUGUGUGCGUGCGUGCAUGCGUGCGUGCGUGGCAUUUUCCCAUUUUUUUGUGUUUAAAAUAAGACUCUUUUCCUUCCUCUGCAACAGUGUGGGUGGGGGUUACUCUUAAUUUUGUACUGGAUCAUGUUAAUCUUUUUGUAAUUUGAGUAUGGAUAUUGUGUGAUUUCAUGUUAAUCCUUUUAAUAAAAAUGAAAAUA